AUGUCUCACAUCACCUUGCGCGAUGCAAGCUACUUUGAACUCACCGAAAUCGCCCAUGUCAUGUCAAAGGCGUUUUGGGAUGACGAGCUCUUCGGUGAUAUAAUACAUCCUCAUCGAAACAUCUUUCCAGAUGAUCCACAUCUGUACUGGCUGCGACGGGCACGCGUCAACUACUGGGAUUAUCGCUGGCGAUUUAUCGUUGCUGUAGCCAAGGACAGUAGUGGAAAGGAAGUCAUCGCUGGUAUUGCGCAAUGGGAAAGAUUGGGAGAAGGAGGAAAGAAACUUGAAUGCUUCUAUCUGGAUCCUCGAAAUCUUCUCAAGCCACUGUCUGCAUUGGUCAUGCACGUGAGGGCCGACCUCUCGCCCAAUCGAGCAGCUGACCUGCAAAACGAAGACAUCAUUGAGCGAUCAUAUCCAUGCUUCAAACACAUUUGGAGUCGUAAACGAGCCGAGUCCUGGUAUCUUGCAGCAUUAGCAGUAAAUCCGGGCUUCCAGGGUCAAGGCGCGGGGAAGAAACUGACACAAUGGGGAAUUGAGCAGGCGCAAGCUGAAGGUGUUUGCGCCUCGGUCAUUGCUGCUCAUGGAACGGAUGAAUUUUACAAGAAACUUGGGUUCUAUGAGCAGUUUGGUAGAGCAACUGAUGGGAUAGGGAAUCCGCUGGCUCAUGUCCAAGGGUCGAAUAUGUAUUGGUACUGGCCGCGGACUUAG